CCGGAGCGACAGGUAGCGGUAACGUACGUCGCGCGCUCGCGCACUCCGCCCUACUCCUUCCUCCCCUUGCCGCCUCGUGCGAUGUAAACACGGCACACCGCGUUCGGCAGGUGGUCGCAGCUGCGUACGCGCGCGCGCGCGGUGCGGUACCGUUUUUGCGCCGCGUGUUUUCGAGAACGCGGAAGAACGUCUACGAGGGGGAGGUUCCCCAUCGUAAUCGCGUCGUGAUCACGUCCGCGUUUGGCAGUCGACAGUGAUCGUGACAAGUGCGUGACAUCCGUCCGGUCGUCCGCAGCUCGCCCGCGCGAUCCAGAGCGCGUAGUGAAUGAUUUUUUUCACUCUCUCUCCAGACGGUGCAGUGUGAUCUCCCGUGCUCCAUCCGCGGACCUGGGUUCGCGAGUUCGAGUGUCGCGUCGAGGAGUUGCCUUCCCGGACACAGUUCGCUUUCCUCACCGUCUGAGACAGCCCGGCGGCGACGGCGUCGUGGGAAAGGGAGCAACGCCGCGGAUCUAUCGAUGCAAGAUGAAUGGCGAAUCGUGCGCACCAUAGAGACGCCAGGUCGGCAUAGAAAUGGGCAACAACGGCAGCAGCUCCCAUCAAUAUUGCGCGUCCAGCGGGCCGUCGCAGGAGAUCGCUGGACGCGGGUGGACGCAGUCCUUCCCCCGGGAGCUGAGCAGGCAUCACCCUCAGCAGCCGACGGGACACAAGGUCCUGCCGGAGCCGCCCAAUCAGCGGCUACGCGCCACCAAUAAUGGAAGCAUCAUUCACAACGGGGGAACCAUAAGCGGCCGCCGGCCGCCGGCCCUCACGCUUCCGCACGACCUUAAUAAGCAGGGAAUAUUUCGCAGCCGCAGCACCUCGGCGUCGAACAUCGGCGCGUCACGUAGCCGCAAGCUCGAACACCAUUGCUGCUACUACGGGAACGGGUCGAGAUGCUGCAUGGAGAACGAGAUGCAGGAGCUCAAGAGAUUCGGCAGCGAGCCCGAUUUGCGGUACUCGCCGAUGGCGCGGGAGGCGGCGCGCUGCAACGGGAAGCAGCAGCAGCAACAGCAGCAUCAGCACGCGAUGGAGCACCGGCAUUGCGGAAGCGGGCAUUAUCCCGAACGAGAGUGCAGGGAGCGAGAGAGUCGGUACAGGGGCAAGAAGAAAUACAAGGCACCGGCGCCGCCGUCAAACGGCGUCGUUGAUGGAUCGUCCCCAGAUUCUUACAGGAACCUUGUUCCUAGAUAUACAGAAUCUGGUCAGGAUCGACCGGGUGGUUGCCGCGGAGAGGAGGUCCAACCGCCGCCGAGGCGGUCGCGCCUCUUCAAAACGCGAGCGGAAACGAAGAGAGCGCAGGUCAACUGGCUCUCUUCUUCCUCGUCGUCGCAAACACACGCUAUCGCGGAACGCUGCGAGAACGGUGGCAGCGGGCUGGAGAACGAGCGACGGUGGCGUGGUGAGGAUGGCCGCGUCGCCAACAAGGAGAACAGGCUCGUUUGGCGUGAUCAGAGCAACCAUCUCCAUCAGGAUCGUUGGUGCCGGGAUGAGCAUAGGCGUUCGCGAAUCUUUGAUGGCAAGAACACGCUGCAGAGAAGCAUGAGCAGCCCGGAGUUCCAAGCGGAGUUGAUGCAAGUAGCCAGGAAGGUGCGCAAUAAGCUCAAUUGCGGGGGCAGAUCAUCUGUAGAGUCGGCAAACUUGGAACGCAACAGCGACGCUGAUCGAUGCACAAAAGAGCCGAAGAUCGAGGAGGUGAAAAGGCCGGAAAAGAGAUCAGCGAGGAACGAGGAGAGUUGUCCUGAAGAGCGCGUGAUCGAGGACAGGAUGGUCGAGGAGAGGCGGCUACCUGAUCGUUGUAAUCGAUCCGAAAAUAAGCACAACUCGUAUGACGAGCACAAAGGGAACGCUCGUGAUCCCGGGAGGACUAAGGACUACUUGGAGGAGAGGCAAGCGGAGGCUGUAUCGGGCGGAAAGAGACGACUCGUCGAGAAACCGGCAAUAUUCGACGAAUACUCCGCGAUGCACCCGAAAGAACCUCUUCGGAAAGGUCCAAAGGAUCGCGUGGACGCCGUGGGGCAGUCCUCGGGAGAUAAACUCUCGUCGGAGAAACAACGGAGGGAUCUUCUUGAGGACUAUCAACGAGCGAAGAGUGUCGCGAAGAGCCGGAAGUAUGAAAACGCGGCGGACUCCGGGAGAACCAGAUCGGAGAGUCCGGUGAGGCCUUACAUCAGGGUCACAGAUCCUCGCGGGCAGGGUUCCGGGAGGGAAAGCACGCCUGAGCGAACGAGCGAGGCCAAAGAAAGAGAGAAGGAGAGAGAUCCCGAUCGUAGAUGGCGGAAGAGCGACGUUAGGAAUACUGAUGGCGCGCCGGACGAGAAGAGAUGGUCCUGCGAACCUGUUCCCGCGACGGCGGAGAAGAAAGAUGCAAAAUCCAAAGAGAAGCUCGCGAGGAAACCAGAAGCCAAGGAUGUCCGCGAGAAAAAUUGGCACGUAUUGCCGUCACCUGAGAAAUCCGCACCGAAGACCUUCUACUUCGGCAUGGACGAAGCGUUAUCGAAUGAGUCACGGAAUUGCGUGGACCAGCACAUGGAGCAAAUACAAUCCAGGUUGCAGACCAGACAAAUCAAUGGAUCAAUCGAAUGCCACGACUACACAGAUGAUGGGAAAAGCGGAAUCGAGGAUAUCUCAUUAAAAUUGCGACCUACGUUACCUAAGAAACAGUUGGAAAUCCCGCGAUUUUCACCAUCGGCAGCGUGGAGAUUACUGUCAGCGUUAGAAGCACCUGGACCAACCAUGAGCACGGCGAGCGAGGAAAUUCCGGUGAUGUUCGAGGAACGUAUCGAACGUCUGUCGAGGCCGCCUCCGCCGCUGAUCGUACUCGGUCCGCGAAGUUCGCAUGAUAAAUCUGGCGAUUCUGGUAUAUCCGGGGAUGCCGGCGCGGCCAAUGACGACUCAUUGGACAUUAGCACCAAUACCAAUAACAACCGAUUGAAGACACCGGCGACGAGACCGACGUGGACGCCGCAACAGGAUCUAGGCGAGGAGUCCAGCAGUGACGCCGGAGUGGAUUCGCCGCCGCCGAUGCCGACCCCGGUGAAAUUUCCGCCUAGGGCGCACGUAUUCUCGUUGUCGUUGCCACGCGACGACAAUCGCAUGUACUUGUAUAAUCCGGAUCUGAAGAAUAAGGAGGGUUCAACCUUCAAUUCGCUGCAGAAGUUGAAGAGGUCGGUGUCGGGCGCCCUCGGACUCGGACCGCUAGACUUGGAGAGGAAACGCACUCGCGACGUUCUCGACGAUAAUUGGCUGCUGUCGACAAGCGCCCCGACGUCGUUGCAGCAUACCCAGAUCACGGACGCAACGCGAUCCUCGCCACCCGGUUGGAAGCCCGGCUUCGACGAUGAGGAUGAGGACGAGGUUUUAGUAGAAGACCUGGAGGAUCGCGGUGACUUUCCUGUGAUCAUGAAGCCGCCCUCGUUUUCGUACUUGGCCUCCGGCGGUCAUGUAAUGUACUUGCCUGAAUCUAAUGACUCUCAAUAUCAGUCGCAGAGUUUGAACUACAGGAGCAACAUGGCAGUGGAAAGUGAAAAGAAUUCUGGUAACGGCUCCGGAUCAAAGUACCGCAAGAACGGUGUGGACGAAUUCAGGAAACCUAGCAAAGAUGUAGAAAAGACGAGCAAGCAGCCCAAAGAAUCAGUCAUUUUGAAAGAAAAACCUUUCGCGAACGAUGCAAAAGUGAAUACUAGAUUUUCCAAAUCGUGUGACAACAUUUCUGAGAUGAAACAACGAAGUACUUCGCCGGUCGGUGGUCAGCAAAAUUUGCAGGAUGAUAAGGAAAUUGCGCCGGAAGUCAAAGCACCGUUAAAGAGCAACUCGAAAGGCCGUAGAUUCACAUUUCAGAGUACUGUGCGGCAGAUUGAGAGGCGUAGAUUAGCGGAAAAGCUAUCGCGGGAGGCGGAAGCCAAGGAAAGACAGAGGAAAGGUGAGCUGGAAGCGAUGCGUAAGGUAGAGGAGGAAUUCCAACGAAAACGAGCUAGAGAGAAGGCGAAUAUUAGGCAGCAACUUCGCUUGUACAGCAUGGAUGAAAACCUGAGUAGCUUGCCCACUGUGUGGGACAGCUCGCAGUUAUCUCGUGCGGACCCGGACGGCGCGCCAUCGUCAUCCGCGUCGUCACCCACGUCAGUCCCACCGGCGAAAUUGACGACUAUACGAAAGAGCAGCGUCAGCAGCGAUGAGUAUUUGCGUAAAAGAGCGUCCAGCGUGGAUUCUAGACAGCAGCAGCAGCAGCAGCAGCAACAGCAUCAACAGCAACCGAGGGAGUACAAAGAUUACCGGCCAAAGUAUUAUGACUGGGCGCCCACCGAGUCGUCGUCGCAUCUGGAAUAUAAGCAGACCACGGUGCAUCCUAAAGUAGUAUGCGACAUUCCCAAGAGCUCGCCCGUCUUCGUGGAUGCGCACGCGAACGUCAAUAAAACGGCGAAUCUUAGCUCCACGCCUAGAUCCGACAAUUACAGGAAAGAUUUUGCUCAUGGGGCCGUGGCGGCAAGAUCCUCCUUAGCCAGCAGCGACAGUGAGCUAUCGCAACCGAAUACGAGACCGCAUUCCAGGCAAGCCGUCAACAAGAGCAAGCCCAUACGGUCUAGAACGGGGAGGGGAUGUCAAAAAUGGAGCGAAAAGAGUAAGAAACGAUUAAUCAGGUCGGCUAGCCCAACACGCAGCGAGGAAGCCGUUAGCACAGAGGACGAGACCCCGGUGGAGCCGAUCAAACAAGAGCGAAGCCCCAUGAACGGCUUUGUAUUGAACGGAGUGCAGCCUUUCGUGAGGGAGAAGAGCUACCGACCCAUUUCUUUCAAUCCCCAACCGCCUCCGCCUAUUCCGACGAUGAUCUGGUCGAGCAAUCAAUUGGGCGCGGCCUACUACAACAUCCUCACGUCCGAGCUGUUUGUGAUGGACGAUACUUAUGACGACGGUGUUAACUUUAACAUCGCAAGGACCCUGUACAAGCAAUGCCGGCCGCGUCACGUCAUCACGAUCUCCGGCAUGUCCGACGAGUUCCUCACGGCGCUCGAGGCUCUGGUAACGUCGGAAAUGUCGAGCGAUCGGAGCGGAUUGUCGGGAUUGAGCGGCGCGGGGCCGUCGCAGGUCUCGCUGAGGGUGUUGCGGAAGAGGGAACACGGCUUCGACAGAUGCUAUCACAGGGUACGAUGUCUCAAGCUCCGGUCGGAGCCGGUGAACGCCAGCAACGUCGAGAGGCUUAUUUUCCUCCAGGGCCUGUUGAACUUCAAAUCGAUCGUCAUGAUCCACGCGCUCGGCCUGCUCUUGAUCUACAUCGACCAGCAUUGGAGCAAUAUCGCGCUGGAUCCUUCCGGCAGACCUGGCUUCGCGUCUCUGGCCAGCGUGACGUUACGUGACAUCGUCAUGAUAGAUGAUGACACUUACGAGGCGCUGAAUAUCGUGCAUGCCAGGCAUCAUCCGAGCCUUUUCAAGUGCGGCGACGCGGCAGCGAAGAAGCAAAGUGGCAGCUUAUUCAUUCUUCUGAAUCGCUGCCAAUCGCGACCCGGAGUGCAGUUUUUGUGGCAAGUAACUGCAUUUUGUAGGAAAACGUUGCGGCAUCCCACGCGAAAUGUCCAGAUUCUUAACGAGAGAUUCGAAGUCGUCGAAUUCUGUUUGAAUCCGGAUAACCAGAGUAUCGUCGAGAAUUUGACGUCGUGUUUGAAACACAUUUACCGCUUGACUAACGUUAUUCUGGAUCGAUAUUUAGCGCAGCAAGCUAAGGUUUCUGACUGGCGACGAUUACACAAGUCGAUCUCUUCCAUAAUUUACAUCGCCGACAUAUGCGAGAAACACCGCGAGAAAGUGAGGCUGUUCAACAAAAUCGUCGGUAGUAUCACGAAGGAAGUACGUUACGUCAAGUAUUUCAUCGAGUACAUAGUGGACUUUGGUGCAAAAAGAUCCGAGAAUGAUUCCAUCGUGCGCACAAAUGUGGACUCACACUUGGACAAUCUGCACCACGUGAGAAGCACUUUGCCCGAGACCCUGACACGAAUGGGGGAGAAAGACAUGAAAGACCAUCUUCCGGCCUCGGUGACGACCUGCAAGAUGGUGUACAUACCGAACAUCGGAUACCUCUUAGCGAUAACCGGAUGGAACCCGUCGCCGGCCGACAACGUCGACUUGGAAAACCUAGAGCUGAAAUUCGUCAGCAACAACAUACGUUAUUAUAAGAGCCCUAGCGCCAAAGAAUUGGAUAAUACUAUAGGAGAUAUAAUGUUGAGGAUAAAUAAACGGGAGAGUUACAUUUUGUUGAAGCUUGUGAAGUAUAUAAAUAAGCACGCUGCCUCGAUAUUCAACGCGAUUCAAUUGUGCGCCGAAUUGGACACAUUGCUGGCGUUUUACGUGGUCGCGCGAGAAUACAAUUACGUGAAACCGAACGUGGUCGACCGCCAGAUCAUAGCGGUGGAGCAGGGUCGACACCCCUUGCAGGAGUUUCUAACAACGUUUGUUCCGAAUGACAUCUAUUCCGGCGACGGAAAGAGCCUCGUGAAAAUCCUAACUGGCCCGAACGCUUCCGGCAAGAGCACUUAUCUCAAGCAAGUUGCGCUGAUCGUGUUCAUGGCUCACAUCGGCUGCUUCGUGCCGGCCAAAUCGGCCACCAUAGGAAUAGUGACUCACAUCCUGACUCAGAUCACGUCUGUGGACAGUAUCGCUCUAAAUACGAGUAUGUUUCUGCAAGAUAUGCGGCAGAUAAACUCCGCUCUUUACGCGUCCACGCCGAAUUCCAUCGUCAUUUUGGACGAGUUCGGAAACGGAACGUCCGAAGUGAGUGGCUUGUCCCUACUCGCGGCCGUGCUGAACAAUUUCGUCGAGCGAGGGACCGACUGUCCGCACAUUUUCGUGGCCACGCAUAUGCAUCGGAUAAUGAACAUGUUACCGCGAAGCCCGAUAAUCGAGGAGCAGACUUUCGAAUUUGUUACAAACGAGGACGGCUCCGUGGCGUAUCUUUACAGUUUAAUUAGUGGAAACGUGGGACGCAGCUUUGCACACGCGGCUGCACGAAGUGCCGGUUUGGACGAAAAGAUUGUUAAACGAGCAUUAGAGGUAUACGAGAAAUUUAAGGCUGGCGAGUUACCUCCACGAUUACCGGAAGCCAAAGGCCAAGACAUGGCGACGCACAUCAUCGAACAAUUACUAAAGUCAGAGAAUUUCGAUUUGGAAGAGUUGAAGAAGUUGGUCCGUCAAUUCACGGAAUCGCCAGCUGCUGCGAGGAUAAACAAUAAGAACAAUUAAGCGAAAGAAGAAAGAAGAUAUUUCGCAA